CGUCCCGAGCGACAGAGACCGCGUCCGGUUCUGACACACACGCACACACGCGCGCGCACACAAGCAAACCGUUUGCGGACUCGGAGUUUGUUUCUACUUUGCCAGCUCUGACUCUUCAGCAUAAGGUGCGCCGCGUUUUUCGAGAGGGGAACCGAGCACCGACGUGAAGUGACACGCUGGACUUCGUCAGGUACUUGUGCUCGUGAACUGGCGUGGAUGCGAGGCUGUGUUCCUAUCCGCGCCAUGGACGGCUGAUUUACGCGCCUCCACCGACCCAACAGAAUAUUUGCCAUGCCACAUGGGAAGGCCCUGAACCCCACCCUGCUCUUACUCCUUCUCCUCAUUGUCUUCGCCAUGACCCGCGGUCACACCUACCCUCACUUCUCCCGCAAUGAUACUGAAUUCCAGCACCUGGUGCUCCACCCAGACCCAUCGCUGGGGACGGUGUACAUUGGGGCCAGGGACCACCUCUUCCAGCUGGACGGAGCGGACGGACUCCGGCUGGAGCUUGAGGAGAAGACCGGCCCUGUGAGCGACAGCAAGGACUGCCUCCCCCCGGUGACCGAGUCCAACUGUCCCCACGCCAGGAGGACCAGCAACCACAACAAGCUGCUUCUGGUGGAUCCGAAGGCGCUGGAGUUGAUCACCUGCGGCAGCAUCCACCAGGGCACCUGCCAGAAGCGCAGCCUGGCGUCCAUCAAGGCAGUCCGCUUCUCCACAGAGAGGCCUGUGGACACGCAGUAUGUCGCCGCCAAUGACCCGUUGGUGUCCACCGUGGGGCUCGUGGUCGGGCUGCGCGGCGGGGAGCGGACGGUGAUGUACGUGGGUAGGGGCUACACCACCAGCCACCCGCCCAUCUCCACCCGCCACCUCUCAGCCGAGCCCGUCUUCUCCUACGAGGAGACGGCCAAGCUGGCGGUGGCCGGGCGCCUGUCAGAGUACGACCACCACUUUGUGAAGGCGUUCGCGCGGGGCUCGUACGUGUACUUCUUGUUUUACCGCCGUGACAUCAAGUCGGCAUCGAGGGAGUACCGGACCUAUGCCGCCAGAGUCUGCUUGGACGACACCUCCUACUAUUCCUACGUGGAAGUUCCUCUGGUCUGUCGAUCCGCUUCCUCUCCUUCCAGGACUUACAACAUGCUCCAGGCUGCCCAGUUGGGACAAGGCGUCGACUGGGAAGGCGAGGAUCUGCUGGGAGUGUUUUCCAGCCGCGCUGGCUCCACAAACAACGCAGCCUUGGACUCCUCGGCUCUGUGCGUCUACCCACUGGAUGAGCUCGACAGACACAUUGACUCCACCCGCAACCUCUGCUACACCCAGGACGGCCGGGUAGAGGGAGAAGGAGAAGUGGCCUACAUAGAGUACGAGGUCAAAUCCAGCUGCGCCAACCUGCCCAUGAAUACCCUCAAGGCGUAUCCCUGUGGCUCUGACCACACCCCCAGUCCCAUGGCAAGCCGGGCACCCCUGGAGGCCAGGGCGGCGUGGCACACCUCAGCAGCCCGCCUCACUGCGGUUGCGGUCAGCGUUAGGGAUGGACACAGCAUUGCCUUCCUCGGCGACUCCAGAGGAACUCUGCACAAGGUAUAUCUGGGCCGAGACGGCCAGGCGGAGGUGUACGCAAACACAACGAUCCAGCUCAACUCGCCCAUUAACGGGGACCUUCUAUUGGACCGGACUGGGGCACACAUCUACGUCAUGACCAAAACUACUGUCAAGAAGCUUCCGGUGGCAGAAUGCGGAGACCACCUGGACUGUCAGUCGUGUCUGUCCGCCAAAGACCCCUACUGUGGCUGGUGCGUCCUGGAGGGACGGUGUGGUCAGCGCCGGGAGUGCCAGCGGGGUUCUGUGCAGGGCCAAUGGCUGUGGAGUUUCAACCAGUCACAGCAGUGCCUCAGCAUCCAGCGUCUCAGCCUCUAUAACAUCAGCCGCGGGGAGAAAACCGAUAUCACAGUGUCAGUAGAAGGCCUUCCGGGUCUAAGAGAAGAAGAGGCCUACUCCUGCUUCUUUCAGGACACAGAAGCUACGGCUUCACUCACAAACACUGGUGUGAUAUGCUCAACCCCUGAUGCAGGCAGUCUGCCCCCCAUUCGUCGCGGUGAUGAGUUUGUGAUGGUGGCCCUGUCACUGCGUUUCACGAACAUCACGGUAGCAGAGACCGAAUUCACCUUCUACAACUGUAGCCUGGUGCAGCAGCUCUCUGGACGCAGGCCAUGCCACGGCUGCAUCAGCAGUCGCUGGGGGUGUAACUGGUGUAUCCAUCAGCACGUCUGCACACACAAACGCACCUGCAGCCGAGGAGUCACCGUCUACAACCAUAAUUUCAAACCGCCAACACCCACCAUCCCCCCACCCACCCGAAAUCUGACCCCUUUACCUACUGUCCGAGUUGCUGCUGCUACGACAACAACACAGCCCUCAACCACAGAGCCUCUCCCCCCGACUACAGCAGCUGUUCCUUUAACCUCCACCGCAGUCACACCGCCCACGGCCAAGCCCACCUCCCCCCUCACGCUGGCCUCAACCUCCCCUUCUGUCGUGAUCUUCAACCACUCCCUGACAACGCACACCGAUGUCCCGACCACAAGCGAGGGCACGACAGAUGGAAACGGCGACAUUGAAAGUUUCUCAGAGGACGAGGAGGCGGAAAGCUUAAAUGUCACUGCCAAAUACUCCCCCACUACGUUGCACAGCAGCACUACCCAAAAGGUAGACGGUGAGGUGGGGUUUUUAGGUCCGCCUGCUGAAGCGUUUGGCUCUUCCUCUGACGUAAGCCCGACCAACUCCAGAGGAGUGUCCCGCUUAAUAGACCUGUCAGUCAGCGGCACUAAGGACCACGAAGAGAUGGACUCGCCGCCGUGGCUUAGUGAGUGGGAGGGGACUGCCGGAGACUCGGCAACAGGUCCAUCCGUUGUGGGUGCCAGCCAAAAGCCGCCUAUCUUCUCACAACCACUUGACACGGUUAUCAACCCCUUCUCUGAGUCUGCAGCAGACUACCAAUUAGAUUCAUCAACCAGCUCAUUCUUUCCGGAGUGUCCGUGUGUGGAAAAGGUUCAGGAUUCCUCUCUUCUCCCCGUCAACGUGGAGAGGAAGGUCACUCUGCAGGGACAGCACCUGGAUCUGUUUCAGGACGAGAUCUUGGACUACGAGUGUGUGCUGGACGUUGAGAAUGAGUCAGUGGUGAUGGAAGCCCUCGUGGAGGCCCAUGCCACUCAUCCAUCGGCCUUCUUCAUCACCUGCAAAGCUCACAAGUACGCCUAUGCCGCUUCGCUGGAGGAAUACUCGGCCGCCAUCAACGUGAGGAGGAAGAGCUCCUUCCCCAUCGACACCGCGGAGGAUCUGCACGUGACUCUCUUCAACUGUUCCGUGGGGCGGUCGGACUGCAGCCGGUGUCGCACGGCCGACCCCAAGUACGGCUGCGUUUGGUGCAGCGGCCUAGCCGCCUCCCGCUGCGUGUACCGGGACUCCUGCGCCGAGGAGGUGAAACACACGUGUCCCGCGCCCGUCAUCCACUACCUGGACCCGGUUUCCGGUCCCGUGGAGGGGGGGACGGUUGUCACUAUUUCGGGCUCUAACCUCGGCCAGAGAGCUGAAGACAUCCAGAAGUCAGUGACGGUGGCCGGAGUCCCCUGCAGCGUCAUCCACAGCAGAUAUGAGGUCUCCUCGAGGAUAGUGUGCGAGACGACGAGCAGCGGACGAGAGAAGAGCGGCCAGGCCUCGGUCAGAGUAAGGGGAGGAGGACUUGGACUGUCCGCUCAGAUCUUCAGCUUCCAGGAUCCCGUGCUGAGCAGCGUCUUCCCACAGAGAGGUCCCAAGGCGGGUGGCUCCUCCCUCACCAUCAGAGGCCACAGACUGAGGACCGGGCACCCGAGCGAGGUCGGCGUCCUGAUCGGAGGAGUGCCGUGUGUGGUGCUCAACAUCCAGGAGGAUCAGAUCAGCUGUCUGACCAGAGGCAGUAACAGAACAGGAGAGCAUGUUAUCACCGUCCGGUUUGGUAGUACGGAGCGCCACCUGCAGGGCCUGGUGUAUCACUACACCCCCAACCCCAACAUAUCAAUGGCUGCUCCGUCGAAAAGCUUCCUCAGUGGAGGCCGAAUCAUCAUGGUUUCUGGUCAGAACCUGGAUGUGGUCCAGGAGCCCAUAAUGAGGGUGACCCUCAGCCCCCCCGACACUCUCCCUCCCAGGAGGAGGAGGAGCGCCGGAGGGAGGAGUGAAGGUGGCCUAAAUGGAGGACGGGAUCGUCGGGGGGCAAUGAAGAGAUGGAGGAGGAUUGUCCCGGAGGCGGAGUGCGCCAAGGGUACACUCUGUCACGUCAAACAAUAUGAGUCUCGCUGUACCGUCAAUGGCUCCACCCUCAUCCUGUGCCCCACUCCGGCUGUGGGUCCACAGGCCAGGAGGACCAGGGUCAAAGUUCACUUCCUGUUGGACAGCCUCCAUUUUGACUUCCGCAGCGUGGGGGGCGAGGCCUUCAGCUAUGAGCCUGACCCACAGCUGUACCUGCUGAACCAGAACGAUCCGAGCAAACCGUACCACCACAAACCCGGCAGCAUCAUCUCCGUCGAGGGAGAGAACCUGGAUCUGGCGAUCUACAAGCAGGAAGUGGAGGCUCGGAUAGGGGCGGGGCCGUGCUCCGUGAAGACGCUGACACACAACCACCUGUACUGUGAGCCGCCAGCUCAGCAGCCCUCAGUCACCGCAGGCAAGAUACAGGAAGGCCUGGACAGUCUGCCGGAGUUCACAGUGAGAAUGGGGAACCUGAACUUCUCUCUGGGCCGAGUGCAGUACGACAGGCAGGCCCAAUCUACGUUUCCUCUGGAGGCUCAGGUGGGGGUCGGGGUGGGGGCUUCCAUAGUGGCUCUCAUUGUGCUCAUGAUCGUCCUCAUAUACAGGAGGAAGAGCAAACAGGCCAUGAGGGACUACAAGAAGGUGCAGAUCCAGCUGGAGAACCUGGAGACCAGUGUGAGAGACCGCUGUAAGAAGGAGUUCACAGACUUGAUGACGGAGAUGAUGGACAUGUCCAGUGAUUUGGUGGGUUCAGGGAUCCCCAUCCUGGAUUACCGGGCGUACGCAGAGCGCAUUUUCUUCCCCGGCCACCAAGAGUCGCCCCUGAGGCGCGAUCUGGACGUCCCGGAGAGCCGCAGGCAGACGGUGGAGCAAGGGCUGGUUCAGCUGUCAAAUCUCCUCAACAGCAAACUCUUUCUCACCAAGUUUAUCCACACUCUGGAGGUCCAGCGGACGUUCUCCCCAAGGGAUCGGGCCUAUGUGGCCUCCCUGCUGACCGUGGCCCUGCACGGGAAACUGGAGUACUUCACGGACAUCCUGAAGACGCUGCUCAACGAUCUGGUGGAACAGUACGUGGCCAAGAACCCCAAGCUGAUGCUUAGGAGAACGGAAUCAGUGGUUGAGAAGCUUUUGACAAACUGGAUGUCCAUCUGUCUUUUCACCUUUCUGAGGGAGUCCGCAGGAGAGUCGUUCUACAUGCUGUUCAGAGCGAUAAAGCACCAGGUGGACAAGGGACCCGUGGACGCUGUGACGGGAAAAGCCAAGUACACGCUGAACGACAACAGGCUGCUGCGUGAGGACGUGGAGUACCGCACGCUGACCCUAAACGUAGCGAUGCCCGCUGCGGCCACCAGCGGUGGCGCCACCACGCAGACGGUGCCGGCCAAAGUCCUGGACUGUGACACCAUCACCCAAGUGAAGGAGAAACUCCUGGAGCAAACCUGGAAGGGAACCUCUUUUUCCCAGAGGCCACACGUCGACUCGUUACACCUCGAGUGGCGUGCAGGUGUCGCGGGUCACCUCAUCUUAUCUGACGAGGAUCUCACGUCAGUAGUGCAAGGCUGUUGGAAGCGCCUCAAUACACUGCAACACUACAAGGUCCCAGAUGGAGCGACGGUGGCCCUCGUCCCGAGGAAUACCAAAAACCACCUCCAUGACAGCCAUGAUUACAUGCCGGGAGAAAAGACCCCCAUGCUGGACGACGGGGAGGAGGGCGGCGUGAGGCUCUGGCAUCUGGUGAAGGCCGGCGAGGAGUCGGAGCUGCCAAAGCACCGGAGGGGCAGCAUGAGGGAGCGCGGCGGCGAGAGGGCCAAGGCCAUCCCCGAAAUCUACCUCACGCGGCUGCUCUCCAUGAAGGGCACGCUGCAGAAGUUCGUGGACGAUUUGUUCACAGCCAUCCUCAGCACCAGUCGUCCCGUGCCUCUGGCGGUCAAAUACUUUUUUGACCUGCUGGACGAGCAGGCACUGCAGCACAACAUCACAGACCCAGAGACCAUCCACAUCUGGAAAACCAACAGCUUGCCGUUGCGAUUCUGGAUCAACAUCCUGAAGAACCCGCAAUUCAUCUUCGACGUGCAGACCUCGGACCACGUGGACGCCGUGCUGUCCGUCAUUGCCCAGACCUUCAUGGACUCCUGCACCAUCGCCGACCACAAGCUUGGACGGGACUCGCCCAUCAACAAGUUGCUGUAUGCCAGAGACAUCCCGCGCUACAAGCAGAUGGUGGAGAGUUACUACGCAGACAUCCGCCAGACCAUUUCCGGCAGUGACCAGGAGAUGAACUCGGCUCUAGCAGAACUCUCUCGAAACUAUGCCGCGGAGGUCAACUCUCUCGUGGCUUUACACGAGCUGUACAAGUACAUCAACAAAUACUAUGAUCAAAUCAUCACGGCCCUGGAGGAGGACGCCACUGCCCAGAAGAUGCAGCUUGGUUACAGGCUCCAACAGAUCGCUGCCGCUGUAGAAAAUAAGGUCACGGACCUAUGACAUGAAAGACGGGAUGAAAUUCACCUUUUAACCUCAAGGUGAUGGACAACGAUAGGAAUCAUGGUUCUGUCUCCCGGAGGAAAGCCCUCCCUCGUUUCCUCGAGGCGAAGGAGGACAAAGGAUCAUCAUGUCUCUGGCUGUCAUUCCAGCAGACUGAGGAAUGACCUGAACUGAUGGGGCCAUGGUUCCUGUCCCGUGUCCAGGAGGUACAGUGAGACUUGAAUAUCCACAGGUCCCAACACAGGGACUAAAGUGACACAGCUGUGGGGCAGAAGAAAGAAGGUCCUAAGAAAUGAAGCCAAAUAAAACAGAAGGGUUUCAUCGUUCAUAAGGAUUUCCUUGGUUGUGUUCACUAAAGGAAGGAACAAUAUGAGAAGGGACCUCUUUUUUAUUCUUCCUCUCGCUCUACGCGUCUCCCUGGACUUGAAGGUUUUUCAGACCAACUGCAGGUUUCCACAUCUGAAUCCUCUGCACAUGCCACGCUGUGGACAGGGAGGAAAUGUUAGGACGUAAACAUCUUUCACUAGAAGUGCAAGUCUUACAGAAAGGACCUAAGCAGCCGCUUAGGUCCUUUCCGUAUCGGAACAAUGUCUUUCUCAAAUCAUUCUACCUAGUCUUACUCUGUGACCGUUCCCUAGCUGUUGUCCUGUGUGAACAGAUGUUUUUAAGCUUCACAUUGCCAUUUGUGCUUUUACCCCAAUUUUUUAAAUAUUGCCUGUAGUUUGUGAGAGCGUUGAUUUGAAUUUGCUGAGGAUGUGGUACACGAAUAGUGUCGCGAUGACCCGUUGCUUUUGGGAUUGUUCCUUUUCUUAGGGACACAAACAACUGUUUCUGCUGUGAGUGCAAUGUUUGUCUGUUUAUUACCUCAGACUAUCUGGCAGAGGAACUUAUAGUGACCUCAUUGAACUGAUCCGUCCUUGAGAUUAUAAAGGAAGACGAGCAUGCGGACAAAACCCAUCACAACGGCACCAAAAGCACCCUACUAAUUCAAUGAGAACAGAUGUUAGAACACAGGAAAGACCAAGCCUGACUUUUUGUAAAAUAAAUGCACAAAUACAUGAAUAAUGCCAGAGGGAAUUAAGGAUUUUAUAGGUUUUACCACUUUUACUACCACAGUAUUUAUUUUGCUUACCCAUUUUUUUAAUUUUACUUCAACACAAUGUUUUUUUAUGUUGACCAAUUUUUUUUUCAAUUUUUUUUAACAGUGCUAUUGAUUAAAUCUGAGGCGACUGUAAAACGUAUGUUGCAGAAUAACAUUGCUACAAAUAGGUUCAAUUUAUAUGUAUUCUUACAAAAUGUGAGACACAGCUGCCUCCAUUGGAUUAGUUGUUAUGUGUUUUGUACACAAACAUGGCCGUUUUCACGGAGAAAACACCCCCCCUUCCACCCCCCCCCCCCAUUUUGUCAGACUUCCUGUGGUUCAGACAAUGGGAAGUCAGAUUUGAAGAGUGUUUAACUAAGUCGCACUUCUUCCAUCUUGUACAAAUCCCUCCCUUAAAUCAGACAAUAUGUUUAAUAUACAAAGGUGCCGUUGCUCUGUGAUGCCACAUGUGAAAAUCUUUUACUAGUUUUUCAAAUUUAAUUUAUUUUCUAUUUAUUAUCUAUUACAAUCUAUUACAAAUUUUGUUGGUUAUUAUUUUCAUAUUUAUUUAUGAAGUAAUACUGAUUAUGCCCCUCUGACUCUGAAACAUCAUGUUUUUUUUUUUAACGAGAAAGCAUUUUAUAUUUAUUUUUACCUUGUUUUGUUUUUGUCUGUUGACUUACUCUCAUGUGCAAAUUCACAGCACAUCAACUGUCCUAAAUUUCCCUCCCUCCUUUUAUAUUUUGCAUCCAUUUUAGAAGCAAACGUAAAAUAGGAUUUUAACAUUGCCAGCUAUUCUUUCUGUACAUUCAAACCCCAUCUUUGCACAUUAGUCGUGUUUGUGUCUUGUGUAUGCAAAGCUUGGGUGUUUGUACCACCUUGUAGAUACAUUCUGCUCCUAACUUCUGAUCUAAGAUUUCUUUGAUUAAUCGAUAGGAUGAACCUAACACCAACUUGAUGCAACGCAAUAAAGUGCUCUCAAUGUUGA